UUACAAAGCAGAGUGACAGAACAUCGCAGUCGACCCUCGACAAUCGAAGAGGAAGCGUUGCUGUCCGUUUUCUGGACCAAAUAUCGUCUGUUUUGUUGACUUGUGGACGAGGCAGGUCGUUGUAUUUAGUCAGCUGAGCAACACCUGACACCAUGGCUAGGUUACCGCUGAGUAUCCAGGCCAUUGAGUCCAGCUGUUGCCUUACUGUGGCCGACCAAAAGAAACGGAGAGCGUAUUCAGUAUGGAUGUGGGUUCUCACUUUCUUCAUUUACUGUUCAUACCACCUCUCAAGGAAGCCGAUUUCAGUCGUGAAAAAUGUCUUAAACCAGAACUGCUCCGACCUAACCCCACCCUCGCCCAAUCCAAAUAAUUCACAUUGGUGCGACUGGAAACCGUUUGAUAAGGAAAACUCCGCAACACUCCUAGGAAUGGUUGAUUCAGCAUUCUUAUUUGCAUAUGCCAUAGGAAUGUUUAUCAGUGGAUUCAUCGCAGAGCGGAUGGAUCUUCGAAUCUUUUUGAGCGUUGGAAUGAUCUUUUCGGGCAUAUUUUGUGCUAUGUUUGGCCUUGGGAAGACUUUUAACAUCCAUCAGCUGUGGUAUUACAUUGUGGCACAGAUAUUAUGUGGGCUGAUGCAGACCACAGGAUGGCCUGGCGUAGUUACAGCUCUUGGAAACUGGUUUGGAAAAGGAAACAGAGGUCUCAUCUUUGGUAUCUGGAACUCGCACACAUCCCUCGGCAACAUCCUGGGUACACUCAUUGCUGCUGCCUUCGUGAGCAGCCAGUGGAGCUUGUCUUUCAUUAUCCCUGGCAUUAUCAUCAGUUCAAUGGGGAUCAUUACCCUGUUCUUCAUGGUUCCGCUGCCAGAGAUGGUUGGUCUGCCGAACCCCAAUGCAAAUUAUGAGCAAGAAGGUGAAUCUCCAGAACCGCGAAGGAGGAACAUUGAACCAUAUAUUGAAGUUUCUGAGGAUGAAACUGCUGCCCUACUGAGUGAAGAAUCUCCGACUGUUUCUUACGUCGGCAAAGAGAAGGAAGAGGAAAGCAGAACUCAGAGCGAACCCGAGGAGGAAAAGGCGAUCAGCUUUAUAUCUGCCCUGAAGAUUCCU